AUGUCGAGCAAGAAAAAUAAAAAACUGACUGAUGCUGAGCUUCAAUACUUCGCUGAGAACUUAGACGAAAUAUCUUCACCAGAUGAAUUGAGUACUGCCUCUGGGGAGUCAUCUUCAGAAGAAGAUCCAUUUCAUAACAGUGGAGAGUCAGACGAAUCGUACAAGCCGUCCUCUAGUUCUGAUGAAGAUAUUCAAAAUGACAAUAGCGAUACUGAAGAAGAAGAAGGAAAUAUUACUGCGGAGAACUCAGGCGAACAAUUUGAAAUUCCUGCUAUGAAUGGCAAUGUUGACUUGGAUUAUCAGAGUUUUUCUGCUACACCAUCUACAGGUCGGCCAUCUACUCCGACUAGUGAUACCGCUACCAGUGCCCUGCUACCUACACGCACUGUAAAUCGCAAAAAGAAGGCGGCCUCAAAUAACAACGAAACAGCCGAAGCUAUGUCUAAAAUUAAUAAAAAAUUGGACUUACUGCAGGAAGAUUCACAUGACCGAUUUGGAAAACAUGUCGCUGCUAGACUUCGAUCAAUUCAUCCUGAUCAACUUAAAUUUGCAAUGAAACUUAUCACUGAUGUUUUAUUUGAGGCAGACAUAUUAUCCUUAAAUAGAUAUUCCAAAAUUAUAACUGAAGACCAACACCCUCCUCAACAGUCUCCACGAGAAACCAGAAAGCCACACUUUAACCAAUAUGCGCCACCUUGUGUCACCAAUACCGAACCAAAUAGACAAAUUUCAAGUCAAGGCUGGCGUCAAGGGUAUUAG